UCUAACAAGGUUGGCUAAUUAGUCUUAUCUGUUCCAUUUUAAUGCACUCUCAGCUCCCAGUAGCUAAACUCUAAAACGCCCACUUUCCCAUGAGUGUACAGUACACUAGCCCCUUUGCUGGGAUUUUGGGGGAUGUGUAUGGCUGGAACUACUUUGUGUUUGUGGCCAUGGUGAUUUUACAUGGUGAGUUAUGUGGGAGGUUAAGCUUUUCCUGCUGUGGGGAAAGGGAGUGUCUAUAAAGGUGUAUAAUAGAUGGGUAGUAAACCUAUUUUUUUUGUGCGUUACAGUCUAUGGGGAUGGGGCUCAGUGUCAACGCUGCAUCUCCAAUCCAGAACACCUUUUACGUUAUCCUGGUCCUGCUUGGGAUCGUGGGUAACGCCACAGUGGUUGGUGUGAUCAGUGAGAGCGUGUUCAGAGAUACUGGUGGAGGACGUAGCUCAGAUAUCAUCCUGAUUAACAUGGCCCUCUCCAACCUUCUGCUGUCUGUCUUUAGGAACAUCUUGCUGGUCCUCUCUGACCUGGGUCUGGAGCUAGUUUCCUCCAGUGGUUUGUGUCACUUCCUGAUGGGGGUGUGGGUGUGGCUUCGCUCGGUCAGCGGAUGGUCGACGCUCUUCCUCAGUGCGUUCCACUUCCAGACACUGAGACGUGUGGCCCCUCCUUCAGGGAUGAUUAGCAGACGUCGCAGGCCCCCCAAAACCCUCCUGGGUGGCCUGGGCCUCAUCUGGUGCCUGAACAUACUCUACUCUAUACCUGCACACAUCUACUCUACCAACGGGAACAAGAACAGUACGGAGACUCUGCUGUUGAUCAGCAGCACCACGCGCCCCCUGCUGGGCUGUGUGUGGAACUUCCCCUCCAGCAGAGCCGCCCUGGCCUUUGCCACCACAUCCAUGGUGGUUCACGAGAUCUUGCCUAUCGUUCUGAUGGCCGUCACCAACUUGGGCUCCCUCUACACACUCCACGUGCGCAGCCGGACCCGGAGCGCCGAGCACAAAGUACCGGCCGAGAGACGGGCUGCUAAGGUGAUUGUAGCCCUCACCUCGCUCUUCAUUUGGUCUUGGGUAACCAUCAUCAUCUCCAUCAACUACAUCAACCACCGCAAAGGUUCGUCGGUGGAGUACCUCCUGGUCAUUGCUCGUUUCGCCAACACCAUUUUCAUAGCUGUUUCACCUAUCGUGCUGGCAGUGGGUCAUGGACGACUGCGUGCUGUCAUUAAGUCUAUUGUUGCUUACUGACAGAGCCUCACCCUGACACACACACACACACACACACACACAUAAUGAAGUUGCGGACGAAUACUGUAUUAUACUUGCACUCACAUAGUGGCAAUGUCAAAACAUGCUAUCAGAAAGGAACAAUUCACUUUUAUUUGAGAAUUUAUAAAGAUUCAUUAGUACUGAGGAAAAGCGCUUGUUUGGAGGGGUUGUGUUUGUGGAAUUUUUCUUUUGUACAUGUCAGUAAGACUUUUACCACAACUUGUUUCUGGCAAGCUGUCCUUUUGUGUGAGGAAUAACAUUGGGUAUUCAUGAAUAUCUCUUUAGCUGGAGGUAGUUCUUACAUGAUUUAACUUGUUUGAACUUUUAACAAAAAAUCUAAUGUGAAAGCAUUUAUUUGAACUCCCAUGUCUGUCAUACUGUUCAUGCCCUGAAGCUCAUUGACUUGGAGUGAACACUCCAACAAAGGGCUGCCCAACCCUGUUCCUGGAGAUCUACUGUUCUGUAGGUUUUCUCUUUAACCCAUUUGUGACUAACCCGAUUAAGCUUUUCAUCCAGCUAAUUAUUGGAAUCAGGUGUGCAAAAUUAGUGUUGGAGAGAACCUAUAGGUCCGUAGAUCUCCAGGAACAGGGUUGGGCAGCCCUGCUCCAACAUAAUUUGUCUCAGUAGAAUGUGGGAGCUUAAUUUCACAACUCACUUUAAUUGUUUUUAUGGUGUUUUAUUACGUAUGUAUACUUGAUUUGUAAGUACAUAUUGACCUUUGCAGACAGAGGAAUGCAAGCAUUGGUUAUUUAAUGAGUUGAUUAUAAAUUUGAAUGUUCUCAAAUGAAUUAUUCAUUCACUGUAUUCAUAUUUAUUACAUUGUGUUAAUUCU